UUGAGCUGUGGCCGCGGACGCACACACACACAUCACCUGCUACGCCACCUCCUCUCUCUCUCUUUCUCUCCCUCCUCCGUCCCCCCCCGACCCUGCCACGCCACACGGAAACACACGGGGAGCGACCACCACACCCACGCAAGCCAGAGCAGUAACGGAGGAGAAGAGAAGAGCGUUGACAAGCACAGGCGGGGAUGAGUUCGGUGGCGGCGCCCUUCGGGGCCUCCACCGCCCUGACCGACCUCGACACCAUCACCGAUGAAGAACGUCUCAGAGUCAUGUGGCAACAGGCCGAAGACUUCGGUGACCGUCGGCGGAUCAGGGCGAGGAUGUACAAGCUCCGGGAGCAGCGGCUGCGCGAGAUGGUGCAGAACGACGAGGAGAGUCUGGGCACGCUGUCCACGGCCGACGACGGCACCGUGACGGAGCGCACCGAGACCACCAUCACCGUCGGCAGUGACGGAGAAGGGAUGACUACGACGACUACACGACGCUCCUCCAACAUCGAGGUGAAGAUGCAUGUGGAUGGAGACUCGGCAGUAACAGAUUCCAUUUCAACACAGAAUGUUCGUCUCGGUGGACUCACGAUGCGCGGAAUGGACUCCAUGACCCUUGAGGGACACUCGGCAGAGGACAUGAUCAAGGAACGCAUGCGCAAAGGAAGCCAGGACCGGUCCACGAGGUACCAAAGGAUCCUUGGAGACCUGUCAGACGAUGCCAACAAUGAAGGCGAUGCUGUCGUCUCCAUUACCAAGUCUACAUAUUCCAUUCAGUCCAAUGCCCUGGCUGGUGAAGGAUACCUUUCCAUGAAGAACAAGGAAGUGAGAGACUCCGUUUCCCCGACACGCAUCAUGAGAGAACGCAGGUCCUCUGCUGAGGAGGAUGUGUCGGCCAAUGAAGGACGCUUCACCUCCGAUGAUGAGGGAGUUUUGAGGACUGAGAAUGAGAGCAGGACCUUGAGGACAACAGAGACAAAGACGACUUCUUCAUCCCGCAAGUCGUCACGAGAUGAACGGUCCUCCAGCAAGACUUCAAGAACAAGCAAAUCAGAGAUCCCCGUUCGUAGCUCGACUGCCCGGAAAAUCUCAGACAGGAAACCAUCAAAGGAACUUGACAUCAAUGCGGCUCGUCGUAAUGCAGGAGACAAGGCCUCACCUUCAUCUCCUACGAAGCGAACUCCGGGCGACAGUUCAUCCAGAAUUCAAAUGACAAGAAAGACAGGAGCUCAGAAGGAGGCCCCAGUCACCUACGACCAAAACUACAGUAAAGACAACCAAGUCUGGCAUCCCGUCCAGGAAGUCACCUCCAUCAUGUCUGAGUUAGACAAAUUAGACACAUAUCUCAGCGCAAGUGUUGAUGAUGAUGAUGAAAUUAUCAUGGAGGAAGAAGAGGAAUGUCUUGACGAGUCUGGCAAUGUUGUGAAGAUGUUGGUUCAGACAAGAAGGAAGAAGGAUGGGACUGAAUGCACUGCACGGCGUGUGGCAAGAUCAACCAAAGUUGUUAACAGUGAAAGUGAGAUUGAUGAGAUUCUCAUUGGAAACCCAGACCAUGAAGUGGUUGAAAGAGAUGUCACUGAGGAAGAGGACAAAGAUGGCAACAAAAUCAAAAUUAUUACUGAGACAAGGCGUAGACCUGACGGAAUUGUAUAUACUACUAAGAAUGUGCUGAAGACAUCAAAGAUCUUCGACUAUGAUCAUCCAGAGGACGUCGCCUAUAAUGAGGACGACGAAUUGAUUUCUACUGACAAAACUGAAGAAACAGAUGAAAAUGGCAUCACCAUUCAGACUGUUACUGAAACAAGGCGAAAGCCCAAUGGAGUUGAGUACACCACUAAGAAGGUAUACAAGACUUCUAAGGUAAAGAGCACACAAAUAACACCUUCUGAUGAUGAUGAAGUGAUUGAUACACAGGAGACAGAGGAAAAGAGUGAAGAUGGCUCUAUUAUUCGCACUGUUAUUGAGACUAGACGCACCAAGGGAGGUGAAGAAUAUACCCACAGGCAAGUGUUCAGGUCCCGUAGGAUGACUCUGUCAGGUGUGGACCUUCAGCAGGGUCUCCCAACAAUCCAAAAUGAUGAUGAAGUCUUGAAUAAGGAGGAGAAGGAGGAGAUUGAUGACAGUGGCAUGAAGAUAAAGGUUGUCACAGAAACUCGAAAGAGGAAAGAUGGAUCAACAUAUUCAUUUGAAUAUGUACUGCGUAGCUUCCAGGGCACAGAAGAGGAUGUAAAGAGAAUGCCAGUGGGAAGCGCUUGUUCUUCUAAUAUCGCUGUUAGUGCUGAGGAUGAGCUGAUAAAUGAGGAAGUAAAGGAAGAGGUUCAGUCUGAUGGAUCAACAGUCAAAACCAUCAUUGAGCGACGCCGCACAAAGGACGGCACCGAAUAUCUUCGUCACCGAAUCAUGAGGAUUCCCAAAAUGCCUGAGCCAGUGCUGCAAGUGGCCAACUUGGAAGAUGAAGUCUUGCAAGAAGAGGUCAAUGAGGAAACAUUGAGUGAUGGCACUCACUACAAGGCAGUGACCGAGCGUCGCCGAAGCAGUGUGUCUGGUACUCAGUACACACUUCGAAGGAUGUCAAAGGUGUAUCAGCAGGCAAGCAUCCACCCUAAGACUUCUGAAGAUGAGAUCCUCGAUGAGAAUGUAACUGAAGAAGAAACAGAUGAAGGCACUAUUAUCAAGACAGUGAUACAAAGGUAUCAAAGACCAGAUGGCUCUGUUUACACAACACACAACAUUCAAAAGAUGUUUAGCUCACCAGCACCCGUCACAUUUGUCGGAACUGAAGAGGAUGAGCUGAUUGACCAGACAGUAGAUGAGGAGGAAACAGAAGAUGGUUACAUCAUCAAGACUGUGACCGAAACCCGAGAGAGGUCAGAUGGUGUGAGGUACACAGUAGAACGAACAGAGAAGACAUCAAAGCAUGGAUCUCAAGUUCACAUUUCAUUCUCUGAAAAUCGCCAUCAGCGGCCUGAGGAAGUCGUCCAAGUCAGCAGUCCAGAUGACACCCUUGUGAGUUCUGAGGAAGAACAGCACGAGGAGGAAGAUGGCACUAUUAUUAAGACCAUCACCGAAAUUAGGCGUCGUAUUGAUGGAACUGAGUACACCUCCAAGACCAUCAUAAGGUCCACACCUGUCCUUGUGCCAGAACGUGAAACCAGCUAUGUAGUUAUUAGGCCUGAAGAUGGUGAUGAUGAGUCAGAAUUGUUCCCAUCACUUGAUGACGAGGUUGUUUACACUAGAAAGAAGCAAGAAACCGAUGAAUAUGGCAAUGCCAUUACUGUCAUCAUUGAAACCCGCCAGAGCAAAACGACUGGUGAAAAGUAUAACAUUACAAAGAGGGUUCACACAAAGGAUGUCAUCAUGACUGAUGAAGGCGAAAGGGAAAUUCCUAAGCCAGUUAAGAAAUCAACUUUGGAGGCAAGAAUUUCGCCAGAUAGGAAAAGACCUUCAGGUGAUGCACCUGACGAAGAACCAGACACUGUUCCUUACGGAUCGGUUUCUGCUCUGAAGAACAGAUUUACUCCUGGCAAGAAAUCAGAACCAACAACAAAGUCUAGCAAGCCUGAUCGGGCUAAUACAUCAAGCAAAAAGAAAUUCUUUGAAGAAGCAGCAAAGACUGCAAGUGCUGAGAUCACAAGUCUGAAGUCCUCCUUGAAGAAAACAGAAAUUAGAGAUAAGCCAAAGGACACUGAUGUAGAUGCAAAACGUGACCUGCUACCUUCCUUCACAGAUGACAAAGCAUCAGUGGAAGUGAAAUUGCGAGUUGAAAGGGAUGAAGCAACCGUUGAAAAGGUUACCAUGCAGAAUGUUACUAGUGAAGUCACGGAGGAAACUGAUGUCACAGAUGCACCAGAGACAGACAUUAAAGACUUAGAUACUGAAAUUGCCAGGUUGGAAGAGGAAGAAAAUGAAAAGUAUGGACAAGAUGAUGAGCCUGAACCUGAAACAGAUGAACCUGAUGAUGAUUUAGGGGAUGACAAGGAACCAGAAGAGGAGCUGUCCUCACCCACAGAAGAUGAGCCUUCCAGAAGGAGACCAGACACAACAAAGAAGGCACCAGUCACUUCAAGGACUACCAGGAGGAAGCCAGAAGAUGAACCAAAGAAGAGGCGUGAAGUAAGCCCAAGGAAGAAGCCAGAGGCUGAUGAGCCUUCACGGCGAGUCCCUCUUGGAUCCAGGAAAGCCCCAGCCAAGGAUGACUCUCCUACACGCCGGGUACCAUCACAGAGAGAUCCUGUUGCUCCCAAGGACACCAACAAACGUGCUCCUAAGACAACUACAUCCCCACAGCGUGUCCCCAGCUCCCCAGCUCGUGGACGAUCACCCAUCAGGUCUGGCGUGUCAACUCCACGUGAGGUGACACCAACAGGUAGGCAGUGCUGCAAACGGCAUAGGGAAGCAAAUGAGUCAGAGCCUGAGAGUCCAACCAGGGCCCAAAAGCCAGAGCAAACCAGUCCUACUCGAUCAAAGAAGCCUGAGCCCAGCAGCCCAACCAGAAAGUCAGCUCGGUCACCACCUCUCAAGAAACCCCUCUCCCCUGAGAGCAAGCCAAAGAUGAAUGGUGAUGUUCGUCGUCCAGAGCCUAGAACAAAUGGAGAUAUUGGAAGGAAACCAGACGACAAGACUCCAAGGUCAAGGAGACCAGGUGAAAAACCCAGUGAACCUGAUAGAACAACUGCACGACCAACAAGGCCAUCCCAGUCUCCCAGGAAGUCACCAACAACAAGGUCACCCGAUAAACGGGAGCCAACUAGGUCUGUUCCUUCAAGAACGACUGAUAAGAAAACUCCUGCCACCAAGCCAUCUGACAGGACACCAAAGGGCCGAUCCACAGAGCCAGACUCUAAAACUAAAUCAAAAUCUGGUGCCAAAGAACCAGUCGUUACUCUUCCUGAAACUCCCAUGACAGAAGAUAUGAGGCCUCUUCCAUCUGAUGAGGAGUACAGUCCCAGGAUAGAGGAUGUAUCUGGUGAGCCAGAUCUGCCUUACCACACUGUCCACAGGCCCUCCAUUGUCCGUGAGCCGUCAGAGUACCCCUCUGACGGUCAGGAGGCUUCUGACUCCUCGCCAGAGGACAAACCAGAGGAGCCUUCUGAAGAGGAAGAGCCUCAAGAUAAGAGACUCACAGACAGGAAAAAGCCUGUUGAUGAUGAGCCAAAGGAUGACACUAUCAAGCCUAGAAGAACGAGGCCUUUAGAGAGCAGGCCAAGUGACAAGAAUAUCACAAAGGAGCCUGAAUCAUCCAGAAAGAAGGCACCAGAUACCAAGCAGUCUCCUAGAGAUAAGCCAUGGUUGCAAGAUAGGAAGAGUAUAUUUGAAAAGAAGCCAAGUGAUACUAAACUUACUCCAUCUAAACCUGAUGAAGAUAAGAAAACACCAGAUAGGAGGAGACCAUUUGAAAGAAAACCUAGUGAUGAGAAGAUGAAGAAACCCAAAGAAACUGAAAAGCCAAGAGAUGAACCAUCAGCAGAAGAUACAUCUCCAAGUGAAGAUGAGAACAGAGAGAAUGGAAUGCCUGAGGAAGCUCCAAAAUAUAUCACUCCUAAAGAAAAAUCUCCAGAGCCAGAACGACUGCGUAAGAGACCAGAAGAAGUCACCUCCAGAAUCAUUGAGGACGUUGGAAAAUCAGUGUCCUCUCAGAUUAUCUCAGAAAAGAAGAUCACAACAACAGACGUUGCAGCGAGGAGGUCUGCCUUUGAUCGUAGGACUCCUGUUGACAAGAAGAAGGAUACUCCUACAAGGAAGCCAUCCUAUGAAAUUAAGGAAUCUGUCUUUGCAAAGAGGUCACUCUUUGAACAACCUAAGCAGGAUCCAGUUCCAUCACCCAUUAAGCGUCCUACACUGAAGUCCACCAUUAAGAAGGAUGACAAGCCUAAGGAGCCAGAAGUUCGCAAGCCUUUGAAGGAAACAAAGGAGCCAGAGGAUCGUAAACCUGUCAAGGAGCCGAAGAUUGUCCCUAAGUAUUUCCAUCCGCUUGGUGAUGGUGAUGAGGAAGAACCAGUUGAAAAGACUGUCAAGGAAGAAGUGAAUGAGGACAUUAAGAUUACAUCCAGUAAGCUGGUGAUGAGUGCCAUGGCAUCUACCAAUCAGACCACCACAAAGGAGGUGAGAAAAACAACCAGAAGAUCUGAAGAACCCUCGGAUGAUAAUGACGACAGACCCGAAGAUGAUCGCCCGAGCAGAAGAGAACCCUUCAGCAGGGAAGGCUCUCCAGCUAUGCACAGCAAGGAGGCUUCCCCUGCCCCACGUAGCAAGGAGGGCUCGCCCGCUCCCUUCAGCAAGGAAGGAUCUCCAACUCGCUUCGUUACAGGGAAGCCAGUGGACAGCGGUAUUAAUCCAAACAAGAUUCGCCGCAUUGAGCGAGCCGGUAGUAACAAGAAGUUCUUUGAGGACUUGGAGGUCUCACGAGAGAACCUACCAGAGUAUCUCAAGAGCAUUGAAACAAUAUAUGAAAUUACAAUUCUUGAAAGCAUGUUAGAACAAGCAGAGACCUAUGAAGAGCGGCGCCUCAUCCGAGGACAAAUGAGACUGGCCAAGCGUCCCUCUACCACCCCGGGCACCACGUCAUCGCCUGCCACCUACAAGCGCUUUGUGGACAUGACGCCUUCGAAACCUUCACCCACCGCUUCACCGCAGCCAACGCGACGUGUCGACAGAAAGCCAGAAGAGCCCAGAAAGGAACCCAAAUCCGAUGAUAAGAAGCGCAAACCAAUCUCAAAAUCGGAGGAACCCCGUUCCUCCCCCACGACGCAGGAGGCCGGAGACACUCCGUCUACCCGCCGACCUGCUUCCAGCCGACCCGACCCGCGGGAUCGCCAGCCCGAGACGAACCCGACAGGGAACCACGCGCAGAACCGACCCCGGAGCCCGCCAGGGAACCCGAGGACCGAAGGAGGUCUCCAAGGAAGGACGCAGACGAAGAGCCCAGAAGAUUCCAGGAACCCAAGAAGGAGGAGGAGCCCAGGACCAGGUUCGGCAGGACCACCAAGCCCACGGAGGAGCCCAAGGCAGAACCUGCGAGCAAGCGGCCGACGAAGACAGCUCCAGUCAACGAGCCUUACUCAGAGCCGCUGCGGUACCAGAAGGGCCAGAGCCGCACGCCAGCCCAGACGGCGCCGCCCCAGUCCGACGUCGACAAGAUCGUGAGUGCGUACGGCGUUGGGCCCACGGACGACAAGGGCAUGCCGCUGUUCGGGCUGAGGGCGCUGAAGAGACGCUCGCCCGCCGUCACUGAAACGCCGAAGGAGGAGGAACCAAAGGCAGAGGAGCCAAGGAGAGCCCCCGAAUCCGACGAGGAACGCGAGAAGCCCAAGAAGGACACGUUCGAGCCCACCGACGCGUCUGGGCGUCCACUCUUCGGUCUACGCGCCCUCAG